GCGCGCCGCGUCGGUACAGAUUCUCACGGACAGUGUAGGGAAUGACCGGCAACACCACCUAACGAGAGGUUUCCAGCCGCAGACACCCAUAGGCAUUGGUGACAACACUCCGCGCUCAAGCUCACUCACGUACUUCAGUCGGAAGAAGCCCGCGCCGUAUGAGCAGGCGUCCUGGUUCAUGAAAUGGGUAACUGACCCAGUCGCCGCCUUCAAAGUGCUCAUUACUCCCGUCCUGGGCUACGUUGCCUACGAAGCGAUCCCCCGCGCUGGUCUAUCCCUCCCCUUUCCCAACCUCUUCGCGCCGUUCCUCUUCGUGCAGCACCGCGUGCCCAGCUCGCCAGAAGACGAUCCGCGGUACCAAAAGGGUAUACUUGACAUUGUGCUGAUUUCAUACUACAUUGUCUUCUGGUCACUAUGCCGCAUCCUCAUCGCGGGCCGUCUCUUCCGGCGCAUUGGGCGCUUCUAUGGGCUCAAGAAGGGGCACAAACUCGACCGUGUUGGCGAACAGGGGUAUGCGAUAGCGUACUACACUGCGUCUGGUCUCUGGGGCUUGAGAAUCAUGGCGCACCUACCCAUCUGGUGGUAUCGCACGGAAGAGUUCUGGCUAGGCUACCCGCACUGGGACAUGAUACCCGAGCUCAAGCAGUUCUACCUGAUGCAGUCUGCGCACUGGCUUCACGAGCUUAUGGUCAUGGUACUUGGCUUUGAGAAGCCCCGCAAAGACUUUGCCAAGCUCGUUGUGCAUCACAUUGUCACUUUAUGGCUCGUCGGCUGGAGCUACCUGAUCAACCUUACCCACAUCGGUAUCUCGGUCUUCGUCAGCAUGGAUAUUUCUGAUGUUUUCCUGGCCUCGUCUCUGUUGCUCGACUACUUGCAAUUCUCCCGUGCCAAGAUUGCCGUCUUCAUCGCAUUCUUUGGCGUAUGGACCUACUUUCGCCACUGGCUGAACCUCGUCAUGCUCCACUCCGUCUGGACGGAAUUUGAUCUCAUUCCCGAAAUCAACCGCCGCUGGGCGCCCUCGACCGGCGCUUGGCUCACCUGGUGGAUGAAAUACCAGAUCUUCACGCCGAUCCUCCUCCUCCAGUUCCUGAAUAUAUUCUGGUACUAUCUGAUGUGGCGUGUCCUGCUUCGCGCCAUCCGCACUGCGGGCGAGGCGAGUGAUGUGCGGUCGGAUGAUGAGGAUGCUGGGGAGGAAAAGGCGGAGGAGGCGAAGAAGAAGAGAAAUUGAAGGGUUGGCAUGCGCUCGGUAGCUUUCACGAUACGGGAAUGAGCGGUGAAUCAGUUGACGUAUGCAUUUCGUAGAGCGGUGACGGAACACAAAAAGUCCUCGAUGCUUUCAAGCAGUAGAAUCUGUUGGUGCAGUGUCCUGCAUUUGUCCACCCUGCGCC